AUGGCGCUCUCUGGCGACCCCCAUUUCAAGAAGCUGAUAGAGUGGCACAAUGCCAACUCCUCCAAGCUGGUCCUGCGGCAGCUGUUCGAGGCCGACAAGGAUCGCUUCCAGAAAUUCAGCUUGACUCUGACCAGUGAUCAUGGGGAUCUCUUACUGGAUUAUUCAAAGAACCUUGUUACAGAAGAUGUGAUGAAAAUGCUGAUGGAACUGGCCAAGUCAAGGGGUGUGGAAAGUGCCAGAGAGCGCAUGUUCAGUGGAGAGAAGAUAAACUUCACUGAGAACCGAGCUGUGCUCCACAUUGCCCUGAGGAACCGGUCGAACACGCCCAUACUGGUAGAUGGGAAGGAUGUUGUGCCUGAAGUGAACAAGGUGCUGGACAAGAUGAAGCACUUCUGCCAGAGAGUCCGUGGUGGUGAGUGGAAAGGCUACACUGGGAAGACAAUCACUGAUGUGGUCAAUAUUGGGAUUGGAGGCUCUGACUUGGGCCCUCUGAUGGUAACUGAAGCCCUGAAACCAUACUCCAAGGGAGGCCCUCGUGUUUGGUUUGUAUCCAACAUUGAUGGUACUCACAUAGCCAAAACCCUGGCUGAGCUUAAACCAGACACUACUCUCUUCAUCAUUGCAUCCAAGACUUUCACCACCCAAGAAACCAUUACCAAUGCAGAAACUGCCAAAGAGUGGUUCCUACAUGCUGCUAAAGAUCCUUCAGCUGUGGCCAAGCAUUUUGUUGCCUUGUCUACCAAUGCUCCUAAAGUUAAAGACUUUGGAAUUGACCCAGAGAACAUGUUUGAAUUUUGGGAUUGGGUUGGUGGCCGCUACUCCCUCUGGUCUGCCAUUGGUCUCUCCAUCGCCCUGCACAUUGGUUUUGACAACUUUGAGAACCUGCUUGCAGGAGCCCACUGGAUGGAUAACCACUUCCGCACCACCCCUCUGGAGAAGAACUUGCCUGUGCUGCUGGCCAUGCUGGGGGUCUGGUACAUCAACUGCUAUGGGUGUGAGACCCAUGCCCUCCUGCCCUACGACCAGUACAUGCACCGCUUCGCUGCCUACUUCCAGCAGGGUGAUAUGGAGUCUAAUGGCAAGUACAUUACCAAGAAAGGUUCUCGUGUGGACUACAGCACUGGCCCUAUUGUGUGGGGAGAGCCUGGCACCAAUGGGCAGCAUGCUUUUUACCAGCUCAUUCAUCAAGGAACUCGCAUGAUUCCCUGUGACUUCCUCAUCCCAGUCCAGACCCAACAUCCAGUCAGAAAUGGCUUGCAUCACAAGAUCCUUUUGGCCAACUUCCUUGCUCAGACCGAGGCCUUGAUGAAAGGAAAGACUGCUGAUGAAGCUCGUAAGGAACUUCAGGUGGCAGGAAUGAGUGGAGAUGCUCUGGAGAAGCUUCUUCCCCACAAGGUCUUUGAGGGAAAUCGACCAACUAACUCCAUCAUGUUUACAAAACUCAACCCAUUCACCCUGGGAGCCAUCAUUGCUAUGUAUGAGCACAAGAUAUUUGUACAAGGGAUUAUCUGGGAUAUUAACAGUUAUGACCAGUGGGGAGUUGAGCUCGGAAAACAACUUGCCAAGAAAAUUGAGCCUGAACUGGAGUCAGAUGCUCCAGUGACAUCUCACGACAGCUCCACAAAUGGGCUCAUCAAUUUCAUUAAAAAACACAGGGCCUGAGCUGAAAGAUUUGGAGGACAUCGACAAUCUGACCACCAAAUACUCAAAUCUGUUGUAGUUGUGCUUUUUUUUUUUUUAGCCACCUCUAAUGAAAAUAGCACUUUACAGAUGUAGCUUCUCCACUUGCUGCAGUUCAUCUUGUUGCGUCAAGUGUUACAAAUGAAAACUAGUUUUGUGAACCCAGAGGUUGUAGAGUUGCUUUAUUUUUGUGGCUGUUGAUCUGUAAAGUGCAGUUGGUCUGUUCCUCAGUUCCUGCCCCUCGACUUCCUUAAGGAUGGUCACCUACUGGUAGUAGAAAAUAAAAGGUAUGAUGGAUGAGUAAAAGUUCUACACUCUAUCUUUCAAGUACAAACCCAGUAACGUUUGCCUCAGCCCCUGUGCAAGGUCCUCUGAAGCCAAGUAAACUCACUUCUCUUUGGACUGGUUCUGCUGGAAACUGGAACAUGUUCAAUCUACAGCUGUAGAUGUGGAUUGCAUAAUUUGUUGCAUUUGGGCAAGGUGCAGGUUUAUUUCCAGUGCUUCUGUAAAAAGGGAAGCUUAGUACUGUUUGGCAACAGAUCUUGAUUUCUCCAUAAGCUCUGAAGGUCUUGUGUGAACAGCUCUCCAAAAGGGAAGGAGGUUCCUGGAAUUACAGGGAUGUCUUAAAUGCUUGAAAACUGUUUGUAAAAUUAUGAAGCAAAAGCUUGGGAUCACUUAAUGUAAUUUUGAUAUCUUCCAGAAGCACUUUCUUCUCUCUUCUGAAAUGAGCAUCUCUGUUGUAACAUACACAAAAGGAGACCAAUUGAACUAUUUGUAAGCAGGUUGCUUUCUGUCUUCCUUCUCCUCUACCACUGUAACUCCUCCCUGCUAGCAGCCUGGCAUGCUCUGUGGCUAUUGUUCUGUAACACCUUUAAUAAAGGUAAGACACAA